GCUGUCAUGGCUGCGCCCGUAGGUAGCCAUGGGGCUCCGUUUUAAAGUGAGUGGAGCGUGGGCGUAGAUGGAACGGCUAGGAGCAUCUUCUCUUAGACGUUUUGUUCUGAAGAAAAAAUUGUGAGAAGUGGUCCUGAUAUUAAGGGACGAGGGAUACGGUGUGCAGUCCAAUUGCGGAAGGACGUUAACAGUGGAAAAUGUCAGCACAGUGGAAGUGACUUUUGUUUCAUACUGACAUCUGAAAGGCAUUGAAAGUGUCUCAGUGGAUAACAAAAUGAGUAACAAAGCAGGUUCUGUUUUAUGGAACCUCACACAAUUCAGUACUUUAGCUCCAGCUAGCAGAACUUUGAGUAUAUAUUCUUUGAGACUUUGCAGACCAAAAAUUGCUCAUUCAAAGUGGAACCUAAGAAACCUUCCAUUUAAUGACUUUGGUAAUAGAAUGUGGCCAUCUGUUAGAUAUCUCUGUCAGGAUGCAUUCAUUUUUAAGUCAAGAAAUGGUGGCUUUCAGUCAGAAAGGUUAAGUGUUCUUACAGUCUUUAGAGUUAACAGACUCCUUUGUUCUAGAAGACUGUCAUUUGACUCAAAACAGUCCUUUGUUUCUGUUGGCACUUCUCAUAAUGGAUUGAAGAAAGUAAACUUUCAUCAUGAGGUCUCCAGUGAAGAUGUAGUCUCUCAGGAAAUGAAACCAGCCCCUAUCAACUAUAUGAAACUAUCUGAGGAGGCUAAUUCUCUGAGUGAUGUAUUAGAUACAUUUGCAAAGUCACCUACAUUUCCUAGUAGUAAAUACUUCUUAGCAAUGUGGACAAUUGCCAAAAGGAUGUCUGAUGAUCAGAAGCGCUAUGAAAAACAGUUGAUGUUUAAGCACCCUGCAUUUAACCAGCUCUGUGAACAAAUGAUGAGAGAAAUGAAGAUCAUGCGCUAUGACCACCUGCUGUUCAGUCUUCAUGCGAUAGUGAAACUUGGAGUCUUCCAGAAUACGAUUCUGGUACAGACUUCAUUGAGGGUUAUCCAGGAACGUAUCAAUGAGUGUGAUGAGAAAGGCCUCUCAGUUUUGUCAACUCUUUUAGAGGCAAUGGAACCAUGCAAGAAUGUACACGCUCUUCGAACAGGAUUGUGGUUGCUAGUUGAUCAGCAAGUUUGGAAGAUAAAAGAUGUCUUCAUAUUACAAACUGUGAUGAAAUAUAUUGGAAAAGAUGCACCAUUUGCUCUUAAAAGGAAGUUGGAGAUGAAAGCCUUGAGUGAGUUGGGUAGAUUUUCUUCUUUGAACAGCCAGUGCAUGUUUGAGGUUCUGUCCGGCAUGGGGCACCGUUCCAUCGCACUCCUGAAUGAGUGCAGCAAGAGGGUCAUAGAUACUAUCCAUGAAUGUCCUAUCAAAAAAUUAAUCAACAUACUGCAAUCCUGCAAAGACCUUCAAUACCAUAAUUCAGAGCUCUUCAAGGGAAUAGCAGAUUAUGUGACUGCAACUUUUGUUAUCUGGAAGUGGAAACAAAUUGUUUUUCUCCUCAUUUUGUUUGAAAAACUUGGCUAUCGACCUGCUGAUUUGAUGAACUUGUUUAUGAAGAAAAUUGUUAAGGAGCCUGAAUUGCUGACGAGGAAAAGCGUUGUUCCUAUUCUUCAUGUAUACUCUUCUCUUAAUCACAUCAACAAGCAGCAGAAUGAAGAGUUCCUAGAAGUUAUGGCUAGUGCUCUGACUGAUGAUCUUCACCAUGUCUCAUCUGAAAACCUGUUGAAUGCUGUGUGCUCGUUUUGUGUAAUGAAUUAUUUCCCCUCGGCUCUUCUUGAUCAGCUUCUCCAAAAGGAUGUCAUCCAUGAGCUGCUGACAUCAGGUGACAAGGAGAGGAAUGCUCACAAGCUUCAUUUUUUGAAUGCUUGUCUAAAACUUGAUCAUAGUUCUUAUGGCAAGGCUGUAGACACAGCCCUGCCACUGCUGCCAUCUUCCCCAUCAUAUCCAAAUGCAAAAGUUGCCGAAGGAUUGAGCAGGCUGCUGGGAGACAACAAAGGGUCUUUCUCAAAAGAUGUGCAGUUGCCACAUAAUUAUCACGUUGAUUUUGAAAUCAGAAUGGAUGCCAGCAAGAGAGCAGCUGUGCUGUGUGUUCCUAGAUCUGUUUACUGUUUGGAUUCAAGCCACCCCAGAGGAUAUUUUGCUGUGAAAAUGCGACAUUUGAAUAUAAUGGGUUUUCAUGUAGUCCUGGUCAAAAACUGGGAGAUGGAAAAAUUAAGUGCUGGGGAUGCAGUCACACUUUUGAAGACUAAGAUCUAUGCAGCUGAAGUACUUCCUACUACUGAUGGAAAUUUGCAAAGCUCAUAUUAAAUGUGAGAAACAUGGCAAACAGCUGAUCAACAUGAGAAAAUUUCAGUCUACUGGAGAAGACAUGCAUAUUCAAACAACAGAUAUUUUUGCCUUUGAGAUUAACAGUGUUUUAUUUUCCUUCAAGAAUUACAUUGCUGACGAAGGUGUAAUGAGACAAGCACUUGCAUGUGUUGCUGGUGAAGUGUAAAUUAAUUCAGACUUUCUGGAGUAUACUUUUUCUCCCAUAUUAAAAAAAAAUAGUUUUAUUAAAGUGUAAUUGACAUACAGUGAACUACAUACAUUGUAUUUAUGGUGCACAAUUUGGUAAAAUGUGACAUAAGUACAUACAUACCUCAAAAAUCACCACAAUCAAGACACUGAACAGAUGUAUCACCUCUAAAAGGAUUUGUUUCCCUCUGACCCUGGAGAGUACAGAUCUGUGGUGCACAGAUGUGGAAUGGUUUCCAUACCACUGGCUGCAGAGUAUUUGUGAAGUACUUGGGUUGGUAAAAAAAAAGUACUUUCCUUAUACAACAUAAUAAAAUCAUAAAGCUUAGUGUAACAAAUUCUGUAUA